CCUCCUCUUCCUCUAUCACAGGUUCCGCCUCUCGGUGGAUUAUUGCAUCUGCUGGAGGAUCUGCUCAUCAUUUCAUCCCAUCGCAUCACACUACAUCUCAUCUAGCUGGACAUCAAGAGACAAUAUUAAUCCAUCCAUCACAGCGCAGAGGAUGGGAAUGUCGGGAUUGAUGAGGGAAUGGUUGGAAGUGUGCGGGAUGAAGGAAGGUGAGCUACUGAGAAGGGAGUGAAAACAAGAGAGAGAGAGAGAGAGAGAGAGAGAGAAGGUGUUGGAUAAUGAAGGACCGGAGUUUUCUGGAUGAACGAGGCAAACCAGCCACGUACACCGGCGACAAGAAAGCGAAAAUGGCCGCUCGGACCAACCAGCAGUGGGUUAGAUUAGCUACAGUGUUCGCUUAUGUUCUGUCCGUGUCUCUGGCUGCCAUUAUCCUGGCCAUUUACUACAGUCUGAUCUGGAAGCCGACUUCUUCUGGAUCUUCUUCCAGACGGCCCGAGAUGUCGGUUAUGAGCUGUGCAUCAUGGUCCAUUACUGAGUCCCAGAACAGCACACACGCCGCUGAUCUCUCACACACCAACAACACGAACGCAUCAUCGCUGGAGACGCAGGAGAACAACACCACAACAGCCUGGUUAGUCGCUCUCCAGAGCACAGCCGAACCGAGCCCGGGUUCUACCGAUGCACAGCCGAGUCGCGCGCCGACGCAGGAUGACGCAGGCCACGCAGACUCUUUCAGCACAAAACCCGUGCGGACUUUCGAGAUCUCCGAAAGACCCCGGUUUGAUUAUGGCUAUCAAGGGUCUGGGAGUGAUGGCGCGAAAGAAAAAGAGGCAGAAGAAACAGUGGGGGAAGAAAAAGGAGGAGGAGAAGAAGAAGAGAAGGGUCAGCGGCGGACGCGUAAAGCCGCGUCUCCAAACGAAAAGCGGAUUAGCGACAAGAAACACGCGCAGCAUCACCGCAGAUUCACGGACACGGAUUUAGCCCGGGGAUCUUCUGACGAGGACAUUUUUACAGACUGAAUGAAAAAAAAGUGCAGGACUAAUCAUGAUAUGAGAUGAUGGAUGGAUGGAAACCAUGAUGAAGCUGAACGGACUCUUAUUUAACUCUGGUUUUAGUUUGCUUUUAUUCCUGGAUUAAGAAAUUUUAAUGAACAUAUAUAUAACGAAUAGAAACAGAUGAUUUAGUUUUACACAUUUAUCUCACUUAGAGAGAGAAUACACUGUGCUUGUUAGAGUAUUAGAUGCUAUAAAUACACGAUAUAACUUUAUUCAUCUAACUGUUAAAUGGUUUAGGUUCAAUAAUUCAGGAAAUAUUAUAUUAUAUAAAAUAAUAAUAAUAAUAAUACUAAUAACAACAAUAAUAAUAUGACUCUCUCUUGUUUUUUUUCCCCAAACACAUAACAUUGUGUUCUAAUUAUUUCUUUAAAGAAAUCUCUCUGAUCCGUGGAUUUAAUAAACCAUCAAAACACAAACAAACAAAAUCCAGCAUGUUGGAUGUUCUUCUCUAAAGGUAACGAAAUGAUGAUUAGUGACUUUUAGAACGUUUACAGUCCCAAACAGUUCGGGUGAAAAGAUGAAACCUGUUUUGUUAAUGCGUUGUGGAAACAGGAAUGAAAAUGUCAGUGAGGUUCAUAAAACAUCAGCUUGCGUCAGUAAUAAAUAUGGGUGAAAUAUUACACUCACAUAUUUUUCUCAUUUGAAAUAUAAAUGAAAGUAAGGACGGUGCUGUUUUAGAGAUUAACCUCGUUUAUCGUCUGUCUCAGAUUAAAUCAGAUAUUUAGAUAAGGCGUCAUGUCUGACCGAGUUACAGCACACAUCCAUCAGAAUACUGAGAGUUUAUUAGAGAUUAUUAGAGUUUACUAGAGUUUAUUCAAAUUUUUUCGAGUUUAUUAGAGAUGAUUAGUUUGUUAGAUUAUUGUAAGUUUAUUAGAGUUUAUUCUAGUUUAUUACAGAUUAUUAGAGUUUAUUAUUUAUUAGAGAUUAUUAGUUCAUUAGAAUUUAUUAGAGUUUAUUAAAAUUUUUACAAGUUUAUUAGAGAUUAGUAGUUUGUUAGAGAUUAUUAUUAGUUUAUUAGAGAUUAUUAGAGUUUAUUUGAGUUUAUUAGAGGCCCAGGAGAAGAGCAGAAGUAUUGAAGAGUCAAGUGGUGACGUAUGUAGAAAUUUUCUCCGUGUAUGUACAGUCAUGGAAAAAUAUAUAAAUAUAGAAAAGUAUAGCGCAAGCAGGAACUGAAAUUUGAAAUGAAAUGAAAUGAAAUUAAUAAAUAAAAGGGGCUUGGUUUAUUUCAGUGACAUGGAUGUUGAGUUUAAAAAAAA